AGUGACAAAGAAAUAAUCGGUGGAAACACCAAACCAAACGAACUUUUCGAAGGAGUUUUUAUUGAAGUGAUUCAAAACAAAGUAAAAAAAUGCCAGCUAUAGGAAUUGAUCUUGGAACAACGUAUUCGUGUGUUGGAGUUUGGCAACAUGGGAAUGUGGAAAUCAUCGCAAACGAUCAAGGAAACCGGACGACACCAUCAUACGUCGCUUUCACUGAUACGGAACGUUUGAUUGGAGAUGCUGCCAAAAAUCAAGUUGCUCUCAAUCCUAGCAACACAGUUUUCGACGCGAAACGAUUAAUUGGUCGAAAAUAUGACGACACAAAAAUUCAACAGGAUAUGCAGCAUUGGCCAUUCAAAGUUAUUAAUGAUUGCGGGAAACCAAAGAUACAAGUAGAAUUCAAAGGUGAAACAAAGAGAUUUGCACCAGAAGAAAUCAGCAGCAUGGUCUUAACAAAGAUGAAAGAGACUGCUGAAGCUUACCUCGGAACAACUGUACGCGACGCAGUCAUAACUGUUCCUGCCUACUUUAAUGACUCACAGCGACAAGCCACAAAAGAUGCCGGAGCCAUUGCUGGGUUAAAUGUCCUGCGAAUAAUCAACGAACCCACAGCAGCAGCACUAGCAUACGGCUUGGACAAGAACUUGAAAGGAGAACGCAACGUCUUAAUAUUCGACCUGGGCGGUGGAACAUUUGAUGUAUCUAUUCUAACUAUCGAUGAAGGAUCUCUGUUUGAAGUCAAAGCCACUGCAGGAGACACUCAUUUGGGUGGUGAAGACUUCGACAACAGAUUGGUAAACCACCUGGCUGAUGAAUUCAAACGCAAGUACAAAAAAGACAUGAAGUCCAAUCCGCGUGCACUCCGCAGACUGCGCACUGCUGCCGAAAGGGCUAAACGCACAUUGUCUUCAAGCACAGAGGCGACAAUAGAAAUAGACGCACUCCAUGAGGGUAUUGACUUCUACACUAGAGUAUCUCGCGCUCGCUUCGAAGAACUCAACGCGGACCUAUUCCGUGGGACAUUAGAGCCUGUAGAAAAAGCUCUAAAGGAUGCAAAAUUGGACAAGAGUUCUAUCCACGACGUUGUAUUAGUAGGUGGCUCAACCCGUAUUCCGAAAAUUCAGAGCAUGCUUCAGAACUUCUUCUCCGGCAAAAAGUUGAACCUAUCUAUAAAUCCUGAUGAAGCCGUCGCUUAUGGAGCAGCAGUACAAGCAGCCAUACUUAGUGGUGAACAGCACAGCAAGAUUCAAGACGUUCUAUUAGUUGAUGUUGCACCACUAUCACUGGGCAUAGAAACUGCUGGAGGAGUGAUGACUAAAAUCGUCGAAAGAAAUGCGAAAAUCCCCUGCAAACAAUCACAGACAUUUACUACGUACUCGGACAACCAACCUGCGGUCACUAUCCAGGUCUACGAAGGAGAACGUGCCAUGACAAAGGAUAACAACCUACUGGGUAGAUUCGACCUCACAGGUAUACCACCAGCGCCUCGUGGAGUACCCAAAAUAGAUGUAACAUUUGAUCUAGAUGCCAAUGGAAUACUCAACGUAUCUGCAAAAGAAAACAGUACAGGCCGAAGCAAGAAUAUAGUAAUCAAGAACGAUAAGGGCCGCUUAUCACAAGCUGAAAUAGAUAGGAUGGUUUCCGAAGCGGAGCAGUACAAGGAAGAAGAUGAAAGACAACGAGAUAGAGUUGCAGCCCGCAAUCAGUUAGAGUCUUAUGUCUUCAAUGUGAAACAAGCCCUUGACGAUGCUGGAGACAAGCUGAAUGAACAAGACAAGGAGACGGCUCGCCGCGAGUGUGAGGAUGCCAUCAAAUGGAUUGAUAAUAACACCCUGGCAGACAAAGAAGAGUAUGAACAUAAGCUAAAGGAGCUUCAAAGGGUGUGUAUGCCAUUGAUGAGUAAAAUGCAUGGAGCUGGCGCUGGAGCGGGCGGAGCCAACUAUCAACAGCAGUCACAACAACAUUCCGGGCCUACAGUAGAAGAAGUUGACUAAAUCAAAGAACAGGCGAACCAAAUAAUAUGAUCUCUAGUCCCACCUUGGAUAGUUCCUAGUUAAAAUGUUUUGUAAAUAGUUAUUUAUUUAGUUAGUAUUUUGUAAGUGUACCAACAAAUGAUCACCUUGCUGCAAGAAUAAAAUAGUUAAAAUAUA